ACAUUACCCAGAAAGCAUUGCAAUAACAGGCGGCGCUACAGAGUCAUGCGAGCAGCUGAGCUGUAGCUCUAACUUUAAUCAUUUCACUUUUGCCGAGGCUAGCAAAUAUACUAAAGUCAAGGUGGUAGUUUUAGUAUUAUUUAAAUAUCUCUAUGAUAAAAUGCAAUGUUAUAAUCGUCACGGCGCGCCAAAAUAAGUAUUGUUAGCUAGUUCUUUAAAGUUUUUAAAGGGGCUUCGCGUAUAUUAGCAUAGCAUCAGCUAACAGCUGCGUGGAUGUGUGCGCAGUUAGCCUGUAGCCGAACUACCUUGUCAAGAAUCAUCCCUCAGUACAACUGACUGUCCGACACCGGUCCAAUCCGAUCCGGUACUUUCGUGGGAAGAGUGGACAAGCUGUGUGCCAAGUCAAAUGUUGAGGUUUUACUGAACAGUGGACAAUGGAUCAGGACAACAACUCGGAGGAUGACUCAGUUGGCCAAGCAGAAGAUGAUACACAACCUCCAUUUCCUCUUGGACUCUGUGAGUACAAGGAGGAUGUAGAGAAAUGUAAACAAAAGGACCUUCUGGAGCAGACCAUGUCAGAAAUGAUUGGCGAGUUUCCAGCCCUCCACCGCACUAUUGUUGCAGAACGAGACAUCUACCUCACACACACACUUAGACAAGCAGCGCGCUGUGUGGAGGCGCCUCCUAACGCUGAGAAAGUGCCUGCUGUGGUGGUUGGAGUGGUCGGGAUGGGUCAUGUUCCUGGUAUUGAGAGGAACUGGGAUGAAGAGCUCAAUAUUCAUGAGAUCAUGCGCGUGGCUCCACCCUCUCGAUUUGGCUGGGUAGUACGCAAUGUGUUGAAAGGAGCCAUGUGGGGGCUUCUGGGUUAUGCCUGCUUCCGUGCCAGCAAGGGUGUGGGGAGGGUGUUACUGUCCUUUCCGACAGUCCAAUCGUUGCUUGAAAAUAUACGAACACCUUCCGUUUGACCCUUUUUUAUCGGCACAGACUUUUCAGCAGUGAGAUCAGGAUGUCACACUGAACACCAAUAGCCUUAACUACAGGAUGGUGGUUGGGUGAAGGGGAAAAUUAUAGGCAAACAUCGUCUCCAUCCCAUAUGAAAUAAACAAUAUGGGUAGAAGCUUUUGACUAGCUCUCUACCUCCUCAACCCUCUGUCCAUCCGCUCUGUGGACGCAGAGCUGUACUGCCAAAGAAAUCGGACCGUGCUUUCAUUCCCCUUUUCCUCAUUCUUAAAGUAUGACCUACUAGGAAAUUAGCUGCAGCAGGAUUUCCCACCUAAUCAUUCAACUUGAACUGAAGUUUUAUUUUGCUGUGAUUUACUCUUGGUUGGCUCCUGCAAAUAGUUGAUGCAUUUUGUUUCCCAGCAGUCCAGUGUUGUUUUUCCCUGAGAGUCAACGUUUUCAUCUGCGACCUAAUCUGUAGUUCAUUAAGAAUGAAUGAUAAAGCCACCUUUUUUUAUUAAUGGAACAAUA